AUGGUAGAUAAUUCAGGUACGAAAGUAAGUCAAUUAUGUGUUGUAGCAUUGAUUGGUAAAAGUACUUUAUUUGAACAACAAUGUAAUAAAUCUUGGAAAUUAAAUCAAGUUAUACAAACACCUGCAUUUAAAGAACAUUCUAUUAAUAAUAAUGAAGAUGAUUUUGAACAUUAUUAUGAUCAUAUAAAUAAUACGAUAUAUAUUCAUCUUCGAUCAUUUCAUGAUACAUAUCAAUUACUUCAUUUAAUUGAUAAUAUGAAUGAUGAUACAUCAAUGCAAAAUUUUGCUCAACUAUGGGAAAAUAAACAAGCGAAUUUUAUUAAAAAAUGCCUGAUUUGUUUUCUUCUCUCACAUAUUAUUAUUAUUUCUCAUUCAUCACAUACAUUUGAUUUGAAUUAUUUACGUUUUUUUCGUAUUAUUGAACUUUUACGUCAUAAAAGUAAACCAGCUAUAUUAGAUGCAAUUCGUUCAUUGAAUUUAUUAAAAGAAGCAGAUUUUAAUCUAACUGAUGGACGUCUUUGUGUACCACGUGCAUUAUUUAUAUUUGAAAAUCAUCAUCAUAAAGGCAAUGAUGCACUUAAUGGUAAUGAUCGGGAUGAUGAUCAAAAAUUGAUAAAUAUGGCGCAUAAUUUAGAAGAUACAAUUUUUAAUGCUUUAAGAUAUUCUUAUAUUAUUUCUAAUCAAACUAAUUCAGCAUUAUUUACAAUUGCACAUAAACAACCAUUUGUAUUUAUUCAUCGCUGCUACAAAGAAUCUUCAUCAUUAGGACAAACACAAAAAUUACUCGGAAUUUUACAAGGUUUUGUUAAACAAACCAAAGAAUCUUCAAGUAGUUCAAAUCUCAAUCGUUCAAAUUUUCAUCAACAAGAUGAUGCGCAUGCUUUUAAACGUUUUUUAUUUCGUCAUAUUGAAGAUGCAUUAACGGGUGGUUGGUCAAAUGAUGGUAUAUCUGGUGGUGCACGUAGUGAAACAUCAUCAUUUGAAUUAUGUACAUAUCCAGUAUGGAUACGUUUAUUUAAUUCUAUACGUGAAUUAUUUGAAACAACAUCAGCACCAACAAAUAAAAUUAUGCGACAAGCAUUUGGUAUGCUAAGAGCUAAUGUUGAUCCUGAUGGAAAAUUAAGUGAAACACGAUGUAAAAAAUAUUUACCAUUAGCAAUUAGUUAUUAUGAAGAAGGUCUACCGGCAAGAUAUACACAACAUUUUCAUGAACAACGAUUACAAGCAACAAUUGAAUAUUUUGCAACAUAUGCACGUGGUUCAAGUUAUAAACGUUAUGUACAACAACUUAUUGAGCAAUGUACACAGUUAUGGCAUGACGGACGACAAUUAUGUGAAGCAACUAGUUUAACAGGCAAUUCCUGUAAAAAUGAACUACAUCGUGUGCCUGGUGAAGAAGAUUCAACAGAUGCUUCGAAUUCUGCACAUCUACCCACACGAGCACAUAAUAGCAAAAUUCAAUUAAUGGCAGCUAGUAAUUGUGGUCAGAUUUUACAAGAACGUGAAGAUCCAUUUGAUUUAAAAGAAGCGAAUUAUGAAUUUUAUCAAGGUGUUAAUAAGAUGUUAUCAAUAAAACCGAUUUAUUUUGAAUUUCCAAUUUUUCGUGGAAAUGCUACAUCUGUCGAAGUUGUUCGAGCUGGUAGUAAACAAAAAAGUGAAAUAAAACUUUCUAAUCCUGUCACUGAUCUCAGUGGUGCAUCUGAACUUAGUCAAUCAAAAUCAGUUGCACUUUAUUCACUUGUACCUAAUGAAGAAGGACAAGCAUUAGAUAAUAUAACUGGUGAAAAAACAGAUACAAAUAAAAUAGUUACAUGUACUGAUGAUGUACAACCUAUUCCAAGUACAACUGAAUAUCUUGAUGGCAUGUCACAUUCAGAUAGUCAACCAGGAUUAUUACCUCGAUUUAGUUCUUGGAGUUUAUGUUGUAUUGGUCGAGCAUCAGAUUAUGUACCAACGAAAGGACUUCAACAACCUGGUUUUUUGACUAAUUUAAAUCAUUUAAUACCAUGGGAUAUAAAUCCACAUAAUAAUCAAGCAACAACAAAUAAUGCUGGCGGUGGUGGUGGUGCACAAUAUCAUCAACAACGUACAACAGCUACUCGAAGUUAUAAAAACAAUCGACGAGGUGCAACUAGUUCAUCUAUAUGGGAUGUUACCGUUCGUGUUUAUAUUGGUUGCGAAUAUGAAUGUCCUCGUGGUCAUAGAUUUCUUUGUUCAUCACCUAAUCAUGUUAUUCGUGUUGGUCAAAAUGGAAUUGUUAAAGAUGAUGGUGCAAAACUAGUUCGAUCUGAUAUGCCAUUAUAUACUCCAUGUUCCUGUCGAAUAUCAUCAACGGGUGCACGUGUAUGGGCACAAUUAAUGCGCGCCUAUGUCGUAACACCUUCUUCACCACCAAUACAAUGUGUACUUCAUCCACAAGUUGUACCAGCUGGUCCAAAUAGUCCAACAUUUUUUCCAAGUUAUACUCAACCUAUUCAUCUAACAGAUGAUUCUAUAUGGGUAUUACGUUUUCCAUUUAUUUAUCAUGACGGUGAAAAACCUCUAUAUCGACCACAAAAUGAGGAAGAUAUAAGUCAAUGUCUUGUUUUACGUGAUCUUUUUUCAUGGACAAAUAAAUCUUGA